CCUCUCGUCCCUCCCUGGCUGUUCCUGUGUUCCCCUCCCUUCUCCCCCACGGCGGGUGGUGCUGACCCUCUGUCCCUUGGUGUCUCAGCAGGACAGACAUGGGGACGUGGAUCCUGCUGCUGUUCUGCUGGGCCCUGCUGGGAGCAGCCAGCGCUGAGCCUCCCAAGGAGCACGACCCCUUUAACUACGACUAUAAAUCCCUGAGAAUUGGAGGCCUCAUAUUUGCCGUCAUCCUCUUUCUGCUGGGAAUCCUCAUCAUCCUCAGUCGACGCUGCCGUUGCAAAUUUAACCAGCAACAAAGGACUGGUGAGCCAGACGAGGAGGAAGGGCCUCUCCGAAGCUCCAUUCGCCGUUUGUCCACCCGGAUGAGAUAGGCGGGCCCAGAGGCUGGUCUCCCCAAGGCGCAGACCCCUCCCUGGAUAUGAAGAGUGACCCCCUCUUCCCCCGUCCCAUGCUGCAUAGCCGUAGCACUUAGCCUAGACCAGGCCCCCGCGCUCUGAUCGCAGCCUGCAGAAUCUGAGCCAGCCAGCAGGGGGCAGUAGGGACACACACACCCAACAGGUCUGAUCCCCUCCAACAGGGGGCAGUAGGGACACACACACACACACACACACACACACACACAGCAGGUCUGAGUCCCUCCAACAGGGGGCAGCCGGGACACACACAGAGCGCAGGGCUUGUCCCCUCCAGCAGGGGGUGGCAGGGAUGGACAGACAGACACACACACCUGGCAGGUCUGAUCUCCUCCAGCAGGGACACACAGAGCAGGGCCUGUCCCCAGCAGCAGGGGGACCCCCCCACACUCUAGGGGUGCUGCCUUUGUGGGCUCUGGGCAGCGGUGCCAAGAGCCCUGUGUAUGAGGGGUGCAGGGAGGGGUGACUGUGGGGGGCGGCUAGGGUGACCAGAUGUCCCGAUUUUAUAGGGACAGUCCCGAU